GUUAACGUUCUGGUACAAAAACGAAAACAAGUACGAUCAACGCAAACCUGCAUAGCUCAUCAUCAAGCAAAGUGUUGUAACGUCAAUCUAUGGACAGUCUUGUUUGGGUUGACACUUUCAUACCUCUGUAAGUCUCCCCCGUCAACAAAUCAAAGUUACAGCCUGAUACUUCCUCGUCAACGACAAUCGAGCCAUUUUACGGUACAUCGCUUACAUGGCGUCAAUCCUGGAUAUAUCGGACACAUUUCUUGAGAACUUCGUAGACGAACUGAGCCAUCCUGAACACGCAGCUCACCCAAAUGUUGGAUUUAAUAUUGAAGAGGAGAAUAUGUGUAAAGACCUGUUGGACGCACUGAACUCGUUAGCCUCACCAGCAAUCUCUCCAUUCAACGUUGCUGCUAAUCAUGUUGUCGGCCAAAACUUCAGCGUUUUAGGAUACACAAACUGCGACACAGACGAUAUCAGUUAUAUUAUGGAAGCAAAACAAGCAGUGCCGGAACUGACCUCACAAGCUGUUCAAAAUUUGGACGGUUUAGGAUACAUCAACUAUGAAUCAGGCUGGUCGAGCAGCAAUAUCUAUUGUAACGUUGUUGGUGGAAGUGUUAUGCGAGCAGAACAAGCAGCACCAGACAUGUCAAGCUGCAAUUUCAGUUGGAACGAUGGUGGAGAUGCAAUGCAAGCAGAACAAGAAGUACCGCGCGAAAUAACUUCGAAAGUAUGUCAAAAUUUGGACGGUUUGGGAUGCGUCAACUAUGACUCAGGCUGGUCGAGCAGUAAUAUCGAUUGUAACGUUGUUGGUGGAAGUGUUAUGCGAGCAGAACAAGCAGCACCAGACACGUCAAGCUGCAAUUUCAGUUGGAAUGAUGGUGGAGAUGCAAUGCAAGCAGAACAAGAAGUACCGAUCGAAAUAACUUCGAAAGAAUGUCAAAAUUUGGAUAGUUUGGGAUACGUCAACUAUGACUCAGGCUGGUCGAGCAGCACUGUCAGUGAACAGAUACCUCCUGUUUUGCCUUCAUAUGUUCGUCCAGAUCCGAAGAAAAAGAACAGCGCUAAUGAAUCGAAUGCUUCAGAAACCGGUGCGCACACUCUCAAAGUGCAGCAUUGUGAACCAGAUGUUGACGUUGCUAUCGAGAAUCAUCAGAUGGAAGAAGUAUUGUCACAUGUAAGGACUGCUACGCCUGUGGAUAGUACUGAGCCAUCACAACUCGAUAAAUGCCAGGUUCAAUUAAUUGGAAAAAGUAGUGAGAUUCCUCCUAAAAAUGCUCUAAAAGGUCGUCGUAAACAAUCAACACGCUAUCCCUGUGCAGAGUGUGGCAAGCAAUUUAGUACCAAAACUUGUCUGGCCACACAUUCGAGGGUUCACACUGGCGAAAGGCCAUACAAGUGCUCGCAAUGUGAUUAUGCUUCCAGUGCACCAAGUGGUUUGUUCAAACAUCGAUCCGUUCAUACUGACGCGAGGCCAUUCAAAUGUUCGUUUUGUGAUGCUACGUUCAAAUUAAAAAGUUGCCUAGCUACUCAUCAUAAGACUCAUAGUGAAAUGGAGUGCCCGCAUGACAUCUGCAAGAGAUUAUUUGGGGGGUCUUUGACGGAUCAUUCACACCGGUGAAAAUCCGUACGAGUGCAAUGUUCGUACGUUCCGGGUUGAGCAGUCAUCGUAAAUGGCACAAAAUUACUACUUUCUAAAAUUUAUAUUGACGGUGACGUACUUGUUUGAUAUAUUGACAAAAAACUUCAUUCUGUGCAAACAAAAUCCUUCGUGCUGCCGAUGGAUUAGUUAUUAGUUUUGUAUUUUGUACGAACGUAAUUCAAUUCUGAAUAAAUGUCUCCUCUUUGAGGUGUUUGUCUGUCCACAAAAC